AUGAAAGCUCUAGAUCUGUCGCUUGUUCUACUUCCUUACAUUUAUGAGGAUCUAGGAGAUGAUUAUCAUCAUGCCAUCAUCGCAGUUACUGACAGUUUACAUAGCAAAAUCUCAUUCAACUUGUUGGCGUUAUCUCCUUCCGAAUGUGACUGGCUAUCAUCAGCAAAAAGUAUUCUUGACGUUUUUAAAUUUAAAACAAACAUUAAAUUAAGACAUGCGAAGAAGACAAAAAUAAAAUUCACUCCUCCAAUGAUUUUGAUGUUGAAAAUUCAGCUGAUUAAACCAUUCAAGUUCAUGACCAUGAAACAUAUUUCGCUUCAAUUAUUAACAUUAGUUUAUUCACCUUUGAUCAAUGAUGCUUGUGAUUAUGCAAAGCAUUUUUCAGAAUAUCAUGCCAAUGUUCAAUGA